GCUGCAGAAAUGCUGACUGACAACAGGAAACGGCACCAUAGCUGUGACAGUGAGGAAGACCAACAGCUGAGACCUCAGGCCAAGAGGUCAGGAGGAGGCCCCAGCCUGCUAGUGUCCGAUUUGGACUCAGAGUCUUCCAGCAGCGACAGCAGUAAUGGGAUCAGUAGUCCAGAGAGAGCAAUAGUGGCCACGGCCAGGCCAUGCAUACACAGCCAGAACAACUGCAUCACCCAGCACACCCUCAGCCCAAAGCCUGAAGACUCUGCCAGCUCCUUGCAGCAUGGUUUCCAUGGCGACGGGAGAAGUGUCUCUUACGACUACAUCAACAGAGUCCUGCGGGAGGCGCACUUCAGCAGUCUGCAGACCAGAGGGCGUCCAGGCUCGACAUGACCGUGACCCCUGACCCCUCUCCUGACCUUCUGGUCCCUCACCCAUCGGUGCCGUUGCUACUGGCACGAUGGCUCCUCCUUGAAAGCCUCAAGCGACACACUCGGGUCAGGGGUAAGGGGAUGAUGUGUGGGGAGGUUUACAGAUUUUGGGCACAACGGCUCAUCCCCACCUAACAUGUACCAUUUGUCAAGACCAUAAGCACAUCCGCCUUUCCAUGGCCCAGCCACUGUGGUUUUCUGUGCAGUAUUGAUGUGUGUGUGUUUGUGUGUGUGUGUGUGCACGCACCCUGUGCACUUUAUAAAGAGGUAUCACUCUCUUUACAUGCGUGCGUUGAUGCGUGGACAUUUUCAUUGGUGCUAAUCACAAGAAAAGUGUGAUGAUGAUGAUCCAAAGUGCUUGCAAAACUAAAUAAAGCUAAGCACUUUACUCAAUAAUUCCUUCUGUUUACUCUCGACUGGGGAAGUCAGUCGCGUGUUUGUAUCCAUGAGGAGGGAGUUGUAGUGAUCCCAUUCAAAAAGUAAGUAGUCGGAGGCCAACGGAUUCACUCCUAAGGAGCAUUAUUAAAACAAUCCAGUUCUAGAAUAUUUUAGGCCUUAUUUGCUUUCUCUAGCCAAAGUCAUAAGUUAGCAUACCCUGCUCUCUGCAGUUGUUUUCACUGUCGAAAUGAAUCUUAAAAUUGUAGUUGUGGUAGGUUCAGCGGGUUCACAGUAAUGGAGCAGAUUCUCCAUGAGCCUCACCACCAAAAUCCAACCUUAGAUUAGACCCUGGUUAAUUAUAGAGACGUGAGCAGGCACUGGAGACUGCAGCUCAGGCAGCUCAGCACAGUGCUUCUAACCCAAAACAAGCCCUCCAAAAGGUUCUCGAAACUAGUUUAGAACCGGGUGUUUACUUCUGUAACGUUUUACACAUUGUGUAUCUGUGUGUCAUAAGCCUGUCAGCCAUACUCGUUUAUGGAUGGUUUAAUACGACCAGUACACUGUGUUGCAAAUAAAACGAGAUGUGAAAGUGAUUCAUAUGUUAUGUAACUUUCCGAAUCAUUUGACAUUGAAAUAAAGUGUUGCUGAAAGUG